AUGGACAAUGAAAAUGAUCUUUUUACUGUGUGUCGAGCAAAUGAUAAACAUAGUAAAGUGUUAGAAAUUUUCUUUUUCAAUGACGAAAAAUUCAAUCAUUUUGCAAAUACCGUUGGUAUUGAUCAGAUAAUUCAAAAUAACAUUGUACGAAUUGUAUUCGUAUUACAAUUGAAUGAUAAUAAACAAUCAAGAGUUCCCAAAAAACCGCAAACAUCGAAACACGGCAAUAAACAAAGUAAAGACAACAGCGCAAGUACAUUAUCGAAACAUCAAAAAAAUCUAGCAUUACAAUUUCAAGAAGAAUUAAUGGAAGCGGUGAAGCAUUACGAUGAAGAAAAUGGUAUGGUUUCUGUUACGUGUCGCAAAAUUGCUACCAUAAUGACACACAAAAAGCAGCAACACAUCAAAAUUUUUGGCUAUUUCAAACUGGUCAAUGAUGUGGUACAACAAAUUCAAGAUUUAACGAAUAUAUAUCGUUUAACAAAAUAUCAGUUAAAUGAAAUCACCUCAACACAAAUUGAUUAUCUUAUAAAUGCCUGUCGGCCAGAAUUGAAGGCGAUGGAGAAAGAAUUUCGAAACGAUCGUGUACACCUCAAUAUUCGACAAUGCGCAUUUUAUGCACCACCACAAUUGAAAGAUAUAAUUGAAUCUCGUAUUAAUACUUUAUUAUCGCACAUAACAACGUCCACAUUCAAAACAACUGAACUCUAUUACGAUAUUGCAAAUCGAGCCAGCAUAAUUUUUAAAACAAUUGCUCAAAAUAAUCAUUGUAAUUAUGAUUUUAAAAUCGAGACAACACUAAAAGCAUGUACAAUACCAAGAGCAAGCGAAACUGCAUCGACGGAUUACUCUGUUUCAAAAGUAAUAAUUGAACAAUCCAAGUUAUUUUGUUCGUCACCCAUGGUCCAUCGCCAAGCAACAUUAGCUAAUGGAUCUUUUGAAGUUCUUAUCGGCGAUAUAGCUGCACAAAAGGUUAGACAACCAUCUGACAUCUAUGCAAUGAAUCUAUCACUUUUCGCUAUUUCUCAUCAGUAA